AUGGGAUGUAUAAAAUCAAAAAGCAAAGAGAAUCUGCAUGGAGAUGGGCUAGAUUUGAAGAAUCAACCAGUACGUAAAACUGAACGAACUAUUUAUGUGAGGGAUCCAACGUCCAAUAAACAGCAAAGGCCAGCAAAUCCAGAAGCACAGCUCUUACCAGGACAGAGGUUUGUCAGCGAAGAAGCAGAGGAGCACGGAGUCAUUGUGGUGGCUUUGUAUCCCUAUGAUGGCAUUCAUGAAGAUGACUUGUCCUUCAAAAAAGGAGAAAAAUUGAAAGUUAUUGAGGAGCUGGGAGAAUGGUGGAGAGCAAAAUCUCUCACGACCAGGAAGGAAGGCUUCAUUCCCAGCAACUACGUAGCAAAAGUGAACACCUUGGAAACAGAAGAAUGGUUCUUCAAAGACAUAACCCGAAAAGAUGCUGAAAGACAACUCCUGGCUCCUGGAAAUAGUCCUGGAGCUUUCCUCAUCAGGGAAAGUGAAACAUUGAAAGGCAGCUAUUCUCUCUCCAUAAGAGACUAUGAUCCACAGCACGGUGAUGUUAUUAAGCACUACAAAAUUAGGAGUCUAGACAAUGGAGGAUUUUACAUCUCUCCAAGAAUAACUUUUCCCAACAUCAAUGAUAUGAUCAAACAUUAUCAAAAGCAAUCAGAUGGCUUGUGCAGAAAGUUGGAAAAAGCUUGUAUUAGUCCAAAGCCCCAAAAACCAUGGGAUAAAGACGCAUGGGAAAUCCCACGGGAAUCGAUUAAAUUAGUGAAGAAGCUUGGAGCUGGUCAGUUUGGAGAAGUCUGGAUGGGUUACUAUCACAACAGUACGAAAGUGGCUGUGAAGACUCUGAAGCCUGGAACAAUGUCUGUGCAAGCCUUUCUGGAGGAAGCCAACCUCAUGAAAACACUUCAGCAUGAUAAACUCGUUAGGCUUUAUGCUGUAGUGACCAAAGAGGAACCUAUUUAUAUUAUAACGGAAUUCAUGGCUAAAGGAAGUUUGCUGGAUUUUCUGAAGAGUGACGAAGGAAGUAAAUUGUUGCUUCCAAAGCUAAUCGACUUCUCUGCUCAGAUUGCAGAAGGGAUGGCAUACAUUGAAAGAAAAAAUUAUAUCCAUCGAGACUUGAGAGCAGCAAAUGUUCUGGUUUCAGACUUACUGAUGUGCAAAAUUGCUGAUUUUGGACUCGCAAGAGUCAUUGAAGACAACGAAUAUACAGCAAGAGAAGGGGCAAAAUUCCCUAUUAAAUGGACAGCACCAGAGGCAAUUAAUUAUGGAUCUUUCACGAUUAAAUCUGACGUGUGGUCAUUUGGGAUUCUCCUGUAUGAAAUCGUUACGUAUGGAAAGAUUCCUUACCCAGGUAUGAGCAAUUCGGAUGUGAUGGUUGCUCUUCAGCGUGGGUACCGAAUGCCACGCAUGGAAACCUGUCCAGCUGAGCUGUACGAUAUCAUGAAAACGUGCUGGAAAGACAAAGCGGAAGAGAGGCCAACGUUUGAUUAUCUACAGAGUGUGCUUGAUGACUUCUACACAGCAACAGAAGGGCAAUAUCAACAACAGCCAUAG